AUGCCGUCUGCAAUAGUAAAGACAAACAACACCUCAACCUCAGUCCUCCAAGAUGGCUCCCCUCACCGUUCCCGUCGCCUCUCAUUACAGGUUCUGAGUCGAAACAUCCAUCAGGUCGUCCUGGGAAACCUGCUCUUUGAUGCAUGGUAUUAUUCGCCUUACCCUGACACCAUCAUUCUUCCACAACCAGGCGGCGGCUCAACCACAGCAGAUGUGAGAAAUGGCCACGCUCACGGCCAUCUGGGCGGACUUCACAGUUCGAUAAGGGGCCAGGAGCCGAUCUGUCGUCUCCUCUAUGUUUGCCCGUGCUGUUUUCGCUACACCCCCGUAAAAGAACAAUUUACCCAACACCUUGCUCAUCACCGCCAUCUCCGCUCACAAAACCUUGAACCAGACCAACCUGUACCGCAAUCCGCAUUCAAGGUCUACGAGUGGGAAGGGUAUGCCGUCUGGGAAAUCGACGGUGAGAGGGAGAAACUCUACUGUCAGAACUUGAGUUUGUUCGGGAAGUUGUUCUUGGAACAGAAAAGUGUCUUUUUUGAUACGGCAGGAUUCAAGUACUAUGCUUUGACAUAUACGAAGCCUGAAAAUCCCACAUCACCAGCAUCUGCGACGACAAAGACCCGAGGACGAAAACAACGGAGCAUGUCGGCAAAUGCGCUAGAGGAAGACGACGCGCUCUACCGCACGCGCGUUUUGGGGUUCUUCUCCAAGGAGAAUCUCUCGUGGGACUCGAAUAAUCUCGCGUGCAUAUUGAUCUUCCCUCCCUUUCAACAUCGGCAACUAGGGCAGUUGUUGAUGGCGGUCUCGUACAAGCUUAGCGGGUGGGAAUGGGAAGGCGGGGUAAUUGGCGGCCCUGAGAAGCCCUUGAGCGCAAUGGGCCGGAAGUCAUACAUUAGGUUUUGGUCCGAACGCAUUGCGCGGUUUCUGAUGGGCCAAACCGCAGAUGCUGAUGCAAGAAGAGUUUUUGACAAAGCCAAGGUGAGUGGCAGGAAUAGAAAGACAGUUCAGCCAAGAAAAGAGGAGAUGACAGUCAAGGAGAUCGGAGAGAGGACCGGAAUGCUGGGAGAGGAUGUAGUCGCCGCGCUGACAGAGAUGGGUCUGUGUAAAAUGGUAGCGCCUAAAAGGAAAAAGGCAAAGUCUUCCACGCCUGAGGUGAACGGGACAGCAUCCGCGAGUCUCGCUCAUGGGGCGGAAAUUGACCCAGAGGAAUUGGCAACUGUGGUCAUCCAUCGCUCAAAGAUUGUGGAGUGGGCGGAGAAGAACGGUGUUGACUUGAGAAGUCCUGUCAAGGAAGAAGGAUUCCUGGGCGAGUGGGCAUUGAGCGAUCUCGCUGAAUCCGAUCGCAGCAGUCAAAAUGUAUCCGGCGAGGAAGAUAGGGAUGAAUAA